AUGGAUGCUCAAUACCUUUCCUCGCUUGAGGAAACCCUUAGACAAACCCAGGUCCCUGACUCAGCUGCCAUCAAGCAAGCUGUUGCUCGUUUGCAGAAGGAAUUCUACUCCAACCAGUUAGCUAUCCCAACAUUGUUGCACAUUUUACAGACUUCUAAUGAUCAAUCUUUACAACAUUUAGCUGCCGUUGAAGCUAGAAAAUUGAUCAUUUCCAAAUGGGAAUCCAACGUGGAUCAAACAUUAAAGCCACAAAUUAGAGAAGCUAUGUUACAAUCAGUCUUUUCAUCUCAAGCCCCAAAGAAGAUCAGACACUCCACUGCCAGAGUUGUUGCAUCUAUUGGAGAAAUUGAUUUGGAAAACAACCAAUGGCCUGAAUUGUUGAACGUUUUAGUUGAAAAAGUUCAAAGUUCAGAUAUCCAAACUAAGGAAAUGUCCGUAUACACCUUGUACACGUUGUUGGAGACUCAAAUUCCAGCCUUAGUUCCACAUGUUGCAGACUUCUUAAACUUAUUCGCCAGUUUAUUGAACGAAGGAUCAUCUCAAGAGAUCAGAAUUAACGCCGUUUUAGCCAUGGACUUGGUUUCCCAAUUUAUUGACGAAGACCCAGAAAUAAACACCCAGUUGGCUGGUAAGUUCCAGCAAGCCGUCCCAUUGAUGAUCAAUGUGUUAAAGGAAGUUGUGUCCGGUGAUGACAUUGAUAAGACGAAGGAUGUGUUCAACGUCUUCAACAGUUUGAUCUUCGUUGACACCAAACUCAUUGGUGACCAUUUAAUUUCCUUGAUUCAAUUAGCAACCGAGAUCUCGUUAAAUGCGGACUUGGAUGAAGAAGUUAGAUCAUUCGGCUUACAGUUCUUAAUUUCUUGUGUUUCGUUGAGAAAGAGUAAAAUCAGUUCUGCUAAGCUUGGUCCAAAUAUCACCCUUGCUGCACUCAAGAUUGCCAGUGAAGAAAUUGAUAUUGAAGAAGAAUUGAACAAUGAGUCGGAAGAAAACGAAAACGAAGAAAAUGUUCCAUCUACAUUAGCUUUGAGAUUAAUCGCCAUGCUCUCUGCUGAAUUGCCUCCAUCUCAAGUUGUUGUCCCAGUAUUGGAAUCCUCUCAACAAAUGAUUGGAUCUUCUUCUAAUCAAUUCGAAAGAAGAGCCGGCUUAUUAUCCAUAGGUGUGGUUGCAUCUGGUGCCCCAGAUUUCGUUGCUACCCAAAUCACCAAACUUAUUCCAUUGUUAGAGAGAGGUUUGGGUGAUUCUGAACUAAUCGUUAGAAUUGCUGCCCUAAGAACUUUAACCAGCUUGACUGCUGAAUUGCACGACACCAUUGCUACCUAUCAUAAGGAAUUAUUGCCACCUGUGAUGACCAUCAUCGACAGCGCUGAUUCUAUCAAGGCAUACAAAUACGCGUGUAUGGCAUUAGAUGGGUUAAUCGAGUACAUGAGCCACGAUGUUAUUAGUCAAUACUUGGAAGCUUUGAUGAACAAAUUAUUCCAAAUGUUGGGACAGGCCGAUUCAUCUACAUUAAGAGCAGCAAUUGUAUCUGCAAUUGGUUCCACUGCCUACGCAGCUGGUAAGGCAUUUACUCCAUACUUCCAAGGUUCAAUCCAACAAUUGGAGCCAUUCAUUAGUAACGCAGCUCAAACUGAAGGUAUGACUGAAGAUGAUAUUGAAUUGAGAGCCUUGACAUUUGAGAACAUAUCUACUAUGGCAAGAGCCGUUGGAUCAGAAAGCUUUGCUCAAUAUGCUACUCCAUUAGUGGAAGCCGCUUACAGCUCAUUAUCAUCAGAACAUUCUAGAAUUAGAGAAUCUGGCUUCGCAUUUAUUACCAACAUGGCCAGAGUCUAUGGUAAGGAAUUCUCCGGAUUUUUGGAAAGAAUUGUUCCAGAGAUUUUGAAAUGUUUAGAACAGGAAGAAUUCACCUUUGAUGACUUCAAUGAAAAUGAAGAAGAACUUGAUGAUGACGAAGAGGAAGACAUCGAUAACAAGUUUAACGUUCACACUGGUAUUACUAUCGAAAAGGAAAUUGCUUCCGUUGCAUUAGCUGAAUUGGCUACUGGAACUGGUAAGGCUUUUGCACCAUACGUUGAAAAAUCAUUAGAGACUUUAAACCAACAAAUUGAAGAAUCAUAUGGUAUGAGAGAAGCUUGCAUGAAUGCUAUGUGGAAAAUCCUGAUUGCUAUGUUCAAGGCUCAGCUUGGUGAAGAAUUUAAGGCUCCAAAGGGUGUUCCAGCUGCCAGUUAUGUAGAUCCAUCUAUUUUAUCUAUCAUCGAACAAGUUAGACAAACUUCUAUUACCAACUUAGCUGAAGAAUUCGACUUAACCAUGGUUGCCUGUAUAUUGGAUAACUUAGCUGAAGCUGCUACUAUCUUGGGACCAAUUGCUGUUAUUAGUGGUCCUAGCGAUACUGCUUCUCUUGAAAAGCUUUGUGUUGACUUGAUGCACAUCUUAAAGAAAGAACAUCCAUGUCAAGUUGACGAAGAAGAACAACCAACCGAUGGCGAAGAAGAAGAUUCAUCAGAAACUGAGGCUUUACUUUUCGAGUCUACUGUGGAAGUAUUAGUUGCAUUAGCUGGAGCCUUAGAGGGUGACUUUGUCAAGGUAUUUACCGGAUUCAAGGACAUUUUGAUUAGUACCACUACAAGUAAAUCUAAGAACAAGAGAGUAAGUCUGACCGGUGCCUUAGCUGAAAUUGCUUCAGGUAUCAAAUCUGCCAGUGCUCCAUUUUCUCAACAAUUAUUGCAAGUCUUCAAUGAUAGAUUAGCAAACGAUAAAUCGUUGGAAGUCAGAGGUAAUGCUGCUUAUGGUAUAGGUAUUAUUAUCGAGUACUCCACUCAAGAUCUCUCAUCAAUCUACAAUAGUGUAUUACAAUUAUUGUUCCAAUUGUUGAACAAGACUGAAAGAAGAGAAGCUAAUGUUUCAGAUGAUGACGAAUCUAAGGAUGUUGUAAACAGAUCCUAUGCUAAUGCUUCUGGAUGUGUUGCAAGAAUGGCCAACAAGAAUCAAGCCGCCGUUCCAUUGCAGCAUGUUUUAGGUCCAUUAUUAGAUCACUUACCAUUGGAAAUUGGAUUUGAAGAAAAUGAACCAAUUUUCAAUCUCAUCAUCAACUUAUACUCUUCUAAUGACGCCACCAUCAUUUCUCAAACUUCUAAGGUUGUUGAAAUUUUCGCCGGUGUCUUCACUAAAGAAUUUGAAAGAAUUGUACUCGUCAAUGAAGCUACUUUAGGUAGAGAAGAAAACUUGGAUAGAUUAAAGCAAUUUGCCAAUGAUGAAAUCAAGAACAAGGUUAUUGAAUUAUUAAAGUUCUUAGACACCAAAUACUCUGGUGUUGUAUCUUCCAAUGCUGUAUUAAAGUCAGUCAUUGGUUAA